AUGGCUUCAGAAUCCGCACGGCGUGAGGAGGAGGAGCGACAGGCCUCUGAGCGAGCCAUGGCAGCAGAUGUUGCGCAGAGCUCCUGCAGCCGCAUCGUUGAAGUGGCCAGAGGCGAGGCAGAGAAGCAUUUGCGAGCCGAAGCAGCCGCAGAAGCUGCCCGCCAGGAUGAGGCCAAGCGCUUGGCCAGAGAGCAGGCUUUAGCAGCAGAGGCUGCACGCAAAGCAGAGGCAGAGCGACAGGCGGCAGCAGAGCGCGCUACGGCGUGUGAAGCAUCGCGCCUAGCCUGCGAGCGGAUCCUGCUGGUGGGGUCGUCCAAUGCACGAGCACAUCUACAAGCAGAAGCAGAAGCAGCCGCUGAAGUUGCGCGCCUCGAGGAAGAAGAACGACAGGCCAAUGAAAGAGCCCUGGCAGAAAGAGCUGCCCGGGAAGAGGCGGAGCGGCUGCGCAAAGAGGAGGCUGAGCGAGUGGCGCGAGAGGAAGCUUUGGCCGAAGAAGCUGCCCGGCAAGAGCUGAUGGCAAAGCGGGCUGUUGCGGCAGAGGCCGCGCAGCUAGCCUGUGAGCACUUUCAGCUCGUGGCGCUUGCAAAUGUUCGUGCACAUGUGCAAGCUGAAGCAGACAUGGCUGCAGAAUCCGCACGGCGUGAGGAGGAGGAGCGACAGGCCUCUGAGCGAUCCAUGGCCGCAGAUGUUGCGCAGAGCUCCUGCAGCCGCAUCGUUGAAGUGGCCAGAGGCGAGGCAGAGAAGCAUUUGCGAGCCGAAGCAGCCGCAGAAGCUGCCCGCCAGGAUGAGGCCAAGCGCUUGGCCAGAGAGCAGGCGUUAGCAGCAGAGGCUGCACGCCAGGCAGAGGCAGAGCGACAGGCGGCAGCAGAGCGCGCUACGGCGUGUGAAGCAUCGCGCCUAGCCUGCGAGCGGAUCCUGCUGGUGGGGUCGUCCAAUGCCCGAGCACAUCUACAAGCAGCUGCAGAAGCAGUCGCCCUCCACGAAGCAGCCUUGGCCCAAGUUGCAGAAUCGGCGGCUUCAGAAAUUUUGGAACAUACUCGGCAGAUGAUCAAGAAAGAGGCUGAGCAACUGGCAGAAGAAGCAGCUCGGCAAGAGGAGGCAGAGCGGCUGCGCAAAGAGGAGGCUGAACGAGUGGCGCGAGAGCAGGCCUUGGCAGAAGAAGCGGCCAGGGAAGAGGAGGCAGAGCGCGUGCGCAAAGAGGAGGCUGAGCGAGCAGCGAGAGAACAGGCCUUGGCAGAAGAAGCCGCUCGGCAAGAGGAGGCGCGCAAAGAGGAGGCUGAGCGAGCAGCGAGAGAGCAGGCCGUGGCAGAAGAAGCAGCUCGGCAAGAGGAGGCGGAGCGACAGCGCAAAGAGGAGGCUGAAGCAGCGAGAGAGCAGGCCGUGGCAAAAGAAGCAGCUCGGCAAGAGGAGUGGCAGGAGGCGGAGCGGCUGCGCAAAGAGGAGGCUGAGCGAGCAGCGAGAGAACAGGCCUUGGCAGAAGAAGCCGCUCGGCAAGAGGAGGCGCGCAAAGAGGAGGCUGAGCGAGCAGCGAGAGAGCAGGCAGAAGCAGCUCGGCAAGAGGAGGGGGAGCGACAGCGCAAAGAGGAGGCUGAAGCAGCGAGAGAGCAGGCCGUGGCAAAAGAAGCAGCUCGGCAAGAGGAGUGGCAGGAGGCGGAGCGGCUGCGCAACGAGGAGGCUGAGCGAGCAGCGAGAGAACAGGCCUUGGCAGAAGAAGCCGCUCGGCAAGAGGAGGCGCGCAAAGAGGAGGCUGAGCGAGCAGCGAGAGAGCAGGCCGUGGCAGAAGAAGCAGCUCGGCAAGAGGAGGCGGAGCGACAGCGCAAAGAGGAGGCUGAAGCAGCGAGAGAGCAGGCCGUGGCAAAAGAAGCAGCUCGGCAAGAGGAGUGGCAGGAGGCGGAGCGGCUGCGCAAAGAGGAGGCUGAGCGCGCAGCGAGAGAACAGGCCUUGGCAGAAGAAGCCGCUCGGCAAGAGGAGGCGGAGCGGCUGCGCAAAGAGGAGGCUGAGCGAGUGGCGCGAGAGGAAGCUUUGGCCGAAGAAGCUGCCCGGCAAGAGCUGAUGGCAAAGCGGGCUGUUGCGGCAGAGGCCGCGCAGCUAGCCUGUGAGCACUUUCAACUCGUGGCGCUUGCAAAUGUUCGUGCACAUCUGCAAGCUGAAGCAGACAUGGCUGCAGACUCCGCACGGCGUGAGGAGGAGGAGCGACAGGCCUCUGAGCGAGCCAUGGCAGCAGAUGUUGCGCAGAGCUCCUGCAGCCGCAUCGUUGAAGUGGCCAGAGGCGAGGCAGAGAAGCAUUUGCGAGCCGAAGCAGCCGCAGAAGCUGCCCGCCAGGAUGAGGCCAGGCGCUUGGCCAGAGAGCAGGCGUUGGCAGCAGAGGCUGCACGCAAAGCAGAGGCAGAGCGACAGGCGGCAGCAGAGCGCGCUACGGCGUGUGAAGCAUCGCGCCUAGCCUGCGAGCGGAUGCUGCUGGUGGGGUCGUCCAAUGCCCGAGCACAUCUACAAGCAGCUGCAGAAGCAGCCGCUGAAGUUGCGCGCCGCGAGGAAGAAGAACGACAGGCCAAGGAGAGAGCCUUGGCUCUGGAAGCUGCGUGCGACUUCUGCAACCAAGUCGUUCAGGCUGCCCAGAAGCAGGUGCAAGAUCAGGCCUUGGCCGAAGAAGCUGCCAGGCAAGAGGAACAGGAGCAGCUGCGCAAAGAGGAGGCUGAGCGAGUGGCGCGAGAGGAAGCUUUGGCCGAAGAAGCUGCCCGGCAAGAGCUGAUGGCAAAGCGGGCUGUUGCGGCAGAGGCCGCGCAGCUAGCCUGUGAGCACUUUCAGCACGUGGCACUUGCAAAUGUUCGUGCACAUCUGCAAGCUGAAGCAGACAUGGCUGCAGAAUCCGCACGGCGUGAGGAGGAGGAGCGACAGGCCUCCGAGCGAGCCAUGGCAGCAGAUGUUGCGCAGAGCUCCUGCAGCCGCAUCGUUGAAGUGGCCAGAGGCGAGGCAGAGAAGCAUUUGCGAGCCGAAGCAGCCGCAGAAGCUGCCCGCCAGGAUGAGGCCAAGCGCUUGGCCAGAGAGCAGGCGCUAGAAGCAGAGCUUGCACGCCAGGCAGAGGCAGAGCGACAGGCGGCAGCAGAGCGCGCUACGGCGUGUGAAGCAUCGCGCCUAGCCUGCGAGCGGAUCCUGCUGGUGGGCUCGUCCAAUGAUGAGGCCAGGCGCUUGGCCAGAGAGCAGGCGUUGGCAGCAGAGGCCGCGCGCAAGGCGGAGGCAGAGCGGCUGCGCAAGGAGGAAGCUGAACAAGCAGCUGCCUUGCCAAGGGAGGCUCCAGCCCCUUGCCUUAGCAUGUUGAGUAUGCCUACCUUGGAGGGAUUUCGGUAA